CACAACAAAACCACGGCUGUAUCCAUCACGAUUCCUUGCCCACGCCUCCUCAUGGCGGCUGCCACCGGCGCCAAGCAGCAUCCGCACCCAGCUCCACCACCCGGGGCAACGGUGGUGGACCCCAAGUUCGAGUGGACGGAGAGGGCCGGCAGCUACGUGCUCCGCCUCACCCUGACCGGCUUCAGGACGGACGACUUCAGGGUGCAGGUCGACGGCGCGGGCAGGCUCACCAUCCGCGGCACCAGGCCGGGCGCCUCCCUCCACAAGGUCUUCCAGCUGCCGUCCUCCGCCAGCCUCGACGACAUCGCCGGCCGCUUCGAGGCCGGUGUGCUCACGCUCACCAUGCCCAAGCGUGCCGGUGUGCCCAAGGAGGAGGGUGCGCCAACAGAGCAGGUCGACGGCGACGUGAAGACAGGAGACGCCGGCGGUGAGAAGAAGGUGCCUAAACCCGCACCUUCCGGUGAUGCUGCGCCCACAUCCAUCGAGGAGAUCAGAACGAAGCCCAAGGAAGAGCAGCAGAGGCCGAAGAAGGAAAAAGAACUGGAGCCCAAGGCUCCCCAGGCGGCAGCAGCUGCGCAGACACCGGAGAAGCAAGCACCGAAUCCAACCUCCAGCGACAAGGCCAUGGCGGCGGUUGACCGGGAGUGCCUGGCAGAGACGGUGAGGCGACGCGGCGAGGAAGAGAGGGCCAAGGCUGCUGCGGCGGCGACGGCCAUGGAAGCUAGAGCAGAGCAGGAGAAGAAGGCGGCGGCCUCGGCGUUCAGCGGCUGGAAAGAGCGCAUGACGGAAGGCCUGGGCCAGCUGACGGACAUGAAGUGGACGGAGAGCGCAGUGGAGAUGGCGAGGAGGAACAAGGAGGUGGUGGCCGUCGGCGUCGCCGCCUUCACACUCGGCUUCUUCGUCUCCCAGAGGCUCUUCAAGAAGUGAGUAGCUAUGGAGAAUUGACUAUGUCACAUACACCAACUCGGUAAUAUGUACUGGCUAGUAUUGUGUGGUUAAAAUGUACGUUGAUUCAACAACCAUGUAAAAAGCUAUGUGUGUAAGCAAAAAGUGUGUACAUUGAGAACGAACAUGAAGUCAAUCAGCGUGUAUAAUUCAAAAAUAUCA